AGAUUUCAGUUGCCGCGGCGUCUUCAGACGGUUUCGGGGUUGCGUGCGUUCUGUCCUCUCGGGCGACAACGUUGUCAGGUGUGUUGUCGAGCGGCGAGUGAUCUGUGUUGUGUGUGUACACCCUGCUCACCGCAGAGUCGUCGGGUUGAUUCUCCAAUCUCGUCCAGGCGGCUGAUGGACCAUGGAUGAGCACACGGCCCUCAUCCUCGCGCUGCAGCUGGUGGCGCUGUGCUGCAUCGCGGCGGCGCUGCUCGUGUACCUGCUGUGCCGCAUCAAGGGCUCGGGAGGCCGCGGCGGGGGCGGCGCGGGGGCGGCUGCGGGGGCGGCGGCGGACGGCCAGGGCCGCGCCGUGCUCGUCACCUGCUGCGACUCGGCGCUGGGGCUGCAGGUGGCGCUGCGGCUGGCGCGGCUCGGUUUCCGCGUGCUGGCCGGGUUCCGCGCUCCGGACGACGGCGCCGCCGCGCGCCUCAUGCGCGCCCGCCUCAAGGAGCUGGAGGCGCUGCUGGAGGCGGCGCGCGCCGCCCCCGGCCCCGCCGCCGGCUCGCUGUUCAUGCUGCCGCUGGACGUGACGCGCGAGGACGUGCUGCACGAGGCGGUGGGGCUGGUCCGCGGCCACCUGCCCGCCGGCGAGGACGGCCUGUGGGCGGUCGUGAACACGGCCGGGCUGUGCUACCGCGGGCGGCUGGACCAGCAGGAGAACUGCCACUGGGAUGCCAUCCUCAAGCACAACGUGGUGGGCGCGCUGAGGACCGCGCGCACCUUCCUGCCGCUGCUGCGCAACAACAAGGGUCGCCUGGUGAACCUGGGCGCGGACGUGGGGCGGCCGGAGGCCGGUGCGACGCCUGGCCUGGUGGCCUUCACUGCGGCCCGCUACGCCGUGGAGGGCGCCAGCGCGGCGCUGCGCCGGGAGCUCCACCCCCACGGGGUGCGAGUCAUCACCCUGCAGACCGACGGCAUACCCGCGGAGAGGCUGUACGCUCCCCCCGCAGUCGGGGUGGCUGCGAGCACGGACUCGGAGGGGCACACGGUGCUGGAAGUUCAAGGCACACAGGACCAGUUCGCAGUGUGUGACGUGGAGGUGUUGCCCCCAGAGGCAAUGUCAGUCGUGGAGGAGGUCCUACUGUCCAAGACGCCCAAGGACAGGUACCGGCUGCUGCCCCGGUACAGCCUCUGCAAGAUCGCUCGCGGCCUCGGCGACAAGAUCCUGUGUGCUCGCAACAAGCAGCCCGCCUGACUCCACUCCACUCCCCUCCACCUUGUAAAUAAAUGUACCACAUGGGGUGUAUAAUCAUCAUUAUUGCAUACCCCACUAUGACAGUGAUGGUUACCACUAACACUUUGACGGACAAGAUAAAAUGAGCACUGGUAUGCUUCUCUAUGGCAAUGGUCUUUUUCGGUGGCGUGCCUGGGAAUUCACCAAAAC